AUGCUGAAUGCGCCACGUGUAAAGAAACGCUUCAUGUUGAUCUUCCUUCCCUUGUUGGCCAUCUAUAUUUUGGUCAUGAUUAAUGUCUGGAAGAACCAAGACCCUUUCUGCCCAGUAAUUAUGGUGCACCAACGUUUUAACACUUCCACUAAAGUACGACGUCAUCGACUUACAGAUGGCGUAGUUGAAGCACCAGUGACACUUUUCAUGCGGAUGACUGGAUUGCACAUAAAGCGAUUUUACUGUGACUUUUUGAGGACAGCUGUCUUGUUUUGGCCUGCUUCGUAUGGAAAACUCGUCCUGGUUUUCGAUCAGGAAUCGUCCUUGGAUCACAAACUAGCUAAAAUCUUGGAGAGACAGUUUGAUCAAUUCUUCCCAUAUCGUAAACUUGAAAUACUUUACGAGCCUCUUCCGAUGAACUAUAAAACGCUGUUGAAGCUUCCUUGGCCGAAACGUGACACUGGCUACAAUCGUCAAAUUUGGAGCAGCUUUUUUAAUGAUUUAUACACGAACGACACAGUCAUUGCAUGGGUGGAUUCUGACACUGCAUUUUCUACUUCAGUGACGCGAAAUUCCAUGUACAACGGUACGCGAUUGAGAGUAAUAGGAACUGAUUGCACGCUGUUACAUACAUACUUUGCUAGACGUUGCGCGCAAAGCGUGGAGGUCUCCAUUGGGCUACCGGCUGUGGCCGACUUCAUGCUGCAUUUCCCUAUAUACAUAUAUCGCGAUACGUAUGCUAACUGUAGGGAAUACUUAAUACGAAGAUAUAAAGCGCGCAACUUUGAGGAAGUUUACAGGAAUAUCAGUGCUUACGACUUAAUUUGCCCCGUUACGACAAUACUCAACUACGCAUGGCACUUCGAGAGAAACCGCUACGACUGGAGUCUCAAGAUUUGCACCGCACCUCUCGAUGAAUACAACAAACGCUUUCAACCCAACGCAACUAUCAGGCCUUAUGAUAUACAACCUGUCAUGGCAGCCCCUCAAUCAAGCGUUCAUACUGGUGAUCCUGGGUCGGCGUUUGAUUCGGCUCAGUUAAUUCUAGCCAGUUAUUGUUUGUCGCACAAAGCGGCGGGACACCAUCUGGCAUUCUGUACCGGCAAGCGCGACCUUCCACUAAGCAAUAAUCUUAUUCUUUUCAAAUAUGCAAGAGCGCCGUUGCCGUGCAAUGGAGAUUUGACAUGUAAGUGCCUGGAAGUUUUGCAGCGUCACCAUAAUCUAGUGGGCUCUGAGAUUUUUGAAAACAAACGCAGGAUGGAAUGGAGCGACGUGGAAAUUGUUCAAAAACUUGUGAAGGAAAUAGGUGCUACGUGUCCUGUUAUUGGUAACGGGAGGCCAGGGGGGGAAAUCCCUAUUGUAUAA